AAAAAAUGUAUUCGAAAUUCAAGAAGUUCUUCGAAAUAGUUUUAAUCAGAAUUUUCCAACACCCUUUGCUAGCGCUCUACUAAAUUUUGCCUUACUAACACAAGCAUUACUAACAUAAGCAACGUUAGGUGGCAGCGCUGUCGUCACUUCUUCAAUCGUCUUCAAUAUGAGUGCCAAAAUAUUGCUGUCAAAUUCCAUACGGUUGUGGAAUUGUGCACGCAUAAAAGGUGCCGGUCAAAUUCCAUACGGUUGUGAAAUUGGUCGCCUAGUUCGUCCGGCGAUAAAUUUAUUAAAAAGCACGCAAAGUAUUAGGACUUUUGCAGCAACUCAGGCAGUGAAAAUGGCCGAUUCAACAGGUUUGUCCAAUGAGGAGGCAGCGGCAUUAUGCAAGCCAGCAGAUGCAGCGACCAAGGACUUCCUCUUUCAACAAACAAUGUACCGCAUCAAAGAUCCACGCAAAUCGCUGCCCUUUUACACAGGUGUGCUUGGCAUGUCAUUGCUAGUGAAAUUGGAUUUCCCCGAUGCUAAAUUUUCCCUCUACUUUAUGGGCUAUGAAAAUCCUGACGACGUGCCAAAAGAUCCGAGGGAGCGUAGACGUUGGGCAAUGAGCCGCAAGGCAACUGUGGAGUUGACACACAAUUGGGGCACCGAGAAUGAAGAUAAACCGGUAUAUCACAAUGGCAACUCUGAUCCUCGUGGCUUUGGACAUAUUGGUAUAUUGGUGCCUGAUGUCUAUGCUGCCUGCAAGCGUUUUGAAGAACAAGGCGUUGAAUUUGUAAAGAAACCUGAUGACGGCCGUAUGAAGGGUUUGGCCUUUAUCAAGGAUCCCGAUGGUUAUUGGAUUGAGAUUUUUAAUGCAAACACUGUUUAAUAAUAUUUACAAAUAAAUUGCAUAAUAACAUUUAUUUAUUUGAAUUAAUACAAUUAUAAUAUUGAAAGUAAUAUAUCUAUAUUUGUAUGUAUAUAUGUAAAUAAAUACAUUUAUUUUCAAAUGUCAUUAAAA